UCUCGUCUGUAGUGCGCGGUGUGCAGUGUGUGUGUGCGGUUGAUAAUACACCAGUAGCGAGAGCGAUUGGUUCUCGGUGCCCACCAGGUGGUGGGAGCAACAUUCGCCCUUUCUGCCCAGCACGGUAUCGGACGUGUGCAGGCGCAGAGGUGUUCCGUCCCAGUUUUCCUCUUACACCCGUCCCCCUUCCCACUGCCCUCAAAAUGGUCAGCGACAGCCAGAAGCGGAAGGCCAUCCGGGAGUUCCUCAUACCGGACACGCUGAAGGACGACAUCGCCUACUGCCAGCGAUCUUUGCGGGACUGUGUGAAAGUGCAUCAGUAUUUCGCCCAACGAUACAACAGUUUAUCAGCAAUACAGCAAGGGCAGGUGAAGCAAUACUUGCUCGAGCUGGAGGACGAGAUGCGAGCGAUCGGGAAGGAGCAGAGCGGGCUGGUGCAGGAUCUGGCCCGGCGGCUUAAGCACUUCCAGCGCAAGACGGCCACCGAGAAGCACAUCGAGCUCGGCGAUGACCUUGCCAACGGUUACGUCGCCUGGGUGCUGUCGAGCCACGCGGAAAUACAGUGCAGCGCCGCGUACGUCCCGCACGCUGUCUCGGAGCGGCUGAACGAGAGCCAGCUGUACCAGAAGUACCCACUGCUGAGCUGCGCCGCGACAGAGGCGGCCACCGCCGCCCAGCCGGAGCAGGAGCGCAAGCCGGACACUCAGCGGCUGCGGAAGCGACCGGUGCUGCAGACGUCGCUGCUGAAACCCAAGGAGGAGCGUGAUCUGCUACACAACAACAACAACACCACUGCCUUAAAAGAGAAGCCUUCCCCGGCGACACGAUCGCCGCCCUCGUGCACGAUGUCAACGCCACCGCCGCCCGUGCUGCCCGGCCCGGCCCGGACGGGCAAUCGACGCAAAACGCCGCCCGAGCAACCGCUGGUGCCGACGAAAAUGCUUCGCUCGCGAUCGACUACCCCGGUCGUGGUUACGGUGCUGAAGCAGGAGCCGAAGCAGGAACUGGUAGAGCCGGAACCACCAACAACAGCGGUGAACGAUACGGAAGAUCGUGCAACGCCGCCGAUCGUUAUUCGCGAGUCGGCUGCGGUGAAGCGGGGCCGUAGCAAUCUGCUGCAAGCGCUGAGCAAGGUCAAAACGACACAAAAACCGGCCACAAAACCACUGCCACCAACAGCAACAACCACAUCGACAACGAGCCCACCCGGUUCGGCGUCCAAGAGCGCCCGAAACUGUCGGGCCGGUUCGGUAAGCGCUUCGUCCGAUUCGUCCAACUCGCGUGCAUCGACACCCGGGACGAGCGGCGGCGCUGCUGUCCCGCCGAAGCAAACGGACGAGCCGGUAUCGGCCGAACGGUUGCCACCGCUGUCGUUACCCCCGCUGCCACCGGAAGAACCGACCGGCACGCUGCCGACCAGCAUCGACGAGCUGGAGCAGUACAGCUUUCUGAAAAUGUUCGCCCUGCACACGAUCGAGGACAGCAACUUGCUGAAGGGGCGCAAAAACGAGCGCAAGCGUCGCAGCUGCUGCAGCACGGAGCGGAAGGAGUACCACUACGGCCGGUUCGACUACUACGAGCAGCAGUUUUACAUCGUACAGAAGCGCCGGUAUAACGCCAACAAGCGGCUGCUGUACACCGCCACGUCGGCGGAGAAAGCGAUCAGUGCGCGCAAACCGUGGGCAGGUGGUGGGUUGACGAUACCGCCGUCACCACCACCGCCUUCUUCUUCUUCUUCGCAGCCGGUGCAGGACACGCCGGUGGUUGAGGUGAAGCCUGCCCAACUGGAGAGCGUCUGCGAGGAGGAGCUCCAGCCCGAGAACAAACUGUGCUGCGUCGUGUGCAAUCAAAUCGCAGGAACCAGCAACGAGGAGCUACGCGCGUGUGCAGAUUGUAGCAAUAAUUAUCAUCUCAGCUGCCACCGCCAGGUGGACGAAGUCGAUGGCGAAACAGAACAAAAGACAGUGCCCAAACUCGCCCAGCCCGCCGAGGAUGGCAACGGUGGCGAGGAAGCAAAUGAUGGGCAGCAGCCACCGGAGCAAAGCAACCGGUGCCCGGCAUGCCUGGCCUUAGCAAGCAUCCAACAAUGAGGCUCCACAAUACUCGGGACCCGUGUGUCGCCUCCCUGUUAGUUGAAUUUUCUGUUUUUUUUAGUAAUUAUUCUUGAUAUUGUAUGAUAAUGGGUGUGUUAAGCGGAAGAGCAGUUAGGUAGCGAAAAUUAAUAAUAGCAAAAGGCAGGAGGACUUCUAACACAUUAGUUUAUAGCCCUCACACGUACACGCGAACGUGCAAUAAAUCGGAAACAAGAUCAUGCAAA